GACUUUGUUGUUUUCGGUGUGCUGCAGCAUAGGUGUGUUUUACAGAGUUGGCUCCACAGACUUUGGCUCGCAUCCACAAGAAUGUGGUGUGACCCGUCUGGGCAGCGCCCUCUGCUGCACAUCCCCUGAACCACUCCGCUAUCCGACAGCCGCAGCAGCAGCAGCAGCAGCGUCUCCCCUGUCACCACCGAGGCUGCCUGGUCUCAGAGGCAGUGUGAACAGCAAUAAACCGUCUGACGCGUAAAGCGACGACCUGCUGACAAAAUGGUGAACUUCACUGUGGAUCAGAUCCGUGCCAUCAUGGACAAGAAGUCCAACAUCAGGAACAUGUCCGUGAUUGCCCACGUGGAUCAUGGGAAAUCCACUCUGACGGACUCACUGGUGUCCAAGGCGGGUAUCAUUGCUUCAUCUAGGGCUGGAGAGACCCGCUUCACAGACACUCGCAAAGACGAGCAGGAGCGCUGCAUCACCAUCAAAUCAACAGCCAUCUCCAUGUACUACGAGCUCGGAGACAACGACCUGGCGUUUAUCAAGCAGUGUAAAGACGGAAACGGCUUCCUCAUCAAUCUCAUUGACUCUCCAGGUCACGUUGACUUCUCUUCUGAAGUCACUGCUGCCCUCCGAGUCACUGAUGGAGCCCUGGUGGUGGUGGACUGUGUCUCAGGUGUAUGUGUGCAGACUGAGACGGUACUGCGGCAGGCCAUUGCUGAACGCAUCAAGCCAGUUCUGAUGAUGAAUAAGAUGGACCGGGCUCUCCUGGAGCUGCAACUGAAGGAAGAUGCUCUCUAUCAGACCUUUCAGCGUAUCGUGGAGAACGUCAACGUAAUUAUCUCCACCUACGGAGAGGAUGAGGGGGGACCCAUGGGGAACAUCAUGAUUGACCCUGUUAUAGGUACAGUCGGGUUCGGCUCUGGCCUCCAUGGCUGGGCAUUCACCUUAAAGCAGUUUGCUGAGAUGUAUGUGGCAAAGUUCACAAAAGGAGAAUCUAAGCUGGAGCCGGCAGAGAGGUGUAAAAAGGUGGAGGACAUGAUGAAGAAACUUUGGGGAGACAGAUAUUUUGACCCAAGUGCUGGCAAGUUCAGUAAGUCUGCCACCAGUCCUGAUGGCACGAAGCUUCCUCGCACGUUCUGCCAGCUUGUUUUGGACCCCAUCUUUAAGGUGUUUGAUGCCAUCAUGAAUUUUAAGAAGGAGGAGACAGCCAAACUCAUUGAAAAGCUGGAUGUCAAAUUAGACACAGAGGACAAGGAGAAAGAGGGGAAGCCCCUGCUGAAGGCCGUAAUGCGUCGCUGGCUGCCUGCCGGAGAGGCUCUGCUCCAGAUGAUCACCAUCCACCUGCCGUCCCCAGUCACUGCACAGAAGUACCGCUGUGAGCUGCUGUAUGAAGGGCCAGGAGACGACGAGGCUGCCAUGGGUAUUAAGAACUGUGAUCCUAAGGCUCCUCUGAUAAUGUACAUUUCUAAGAUGGUCCCCACCAGUGACAAGGGUCGUUUCUACGCCUUUGGUCGAGUCUUCUCUGGCUGUGUGUCCACCGGCCUGAAGGUGCGCAUCAUGGGGCCAAACUUCACCCCUGGCAAGAAGGAAGAUCUUUACAUCAAACCCAUCCAGAGGACUAUUCUUAUGAUGGGCCGGUAUACGGAGCCUAUUGAAGAUGUCCCAUGUGGCAACAUUGUGGGUCUUGUUGGAGUAGACCAGUACCUGGUUAAGACAGGAACCAUCACCACCUACGAACAUGCCCACAACAUGAGGGUGAUGAAGUUCAGUGUAAGCCCUGUGGUUCGAGUUGCUGUGGAGGCCAAGAACCCUGCCGACCUGCCCAAGCUGGUGGAGGGUCUGAAGCGUCUGGCCAAGUCUGACCCCAUGGUGCAGUGCAUAAUUGAGGAGUCUGGGGAGCAUAUCAUCGCAGGAGCAGGAGAGCUCCACCUAGAGAUCUGCCUUAAGGACCUGGAGGAGGACCACGCCUGCAUUCCAUUAAAGAAAUCAGACCCAGUUGUGUCUUACAGAGAGACAGUGAUGGAGGAAUCAGACCAGAUGUGUCUGUCCAAGUCCCCAAACAAACAUAAUCGUCUCUUCAUGAAGGCCCGUCCGUUCCCUGAUGGCCUGGCUGAAGACAUAGAGAAGGGGGACGUCACUGCCCGGCAGGAGCUCAAGGCUCGCGCUCGUUACCUCGCUGAAAAAUAUGAGUGGGAAGUGACAGAAGCCAGGAAGAUCUGGUGCUUCGGUCCAGACGGCACAGGGGCGAAUCUGCUGAUUGACGUAACAAAAGGAGUUCAGUACCUCAACGAGAUCAAGGACAGCGUGGUGGCUGGUUUCCAGUGGGCGACCAAAGAGGGGGCUCUAUGCGAGGAGAAUAUGCGCGCUAUUCGCUAUGAUAUUCAUGACGUAACACUCCAUGCAGAUGCCAUCCACCGUGGUGGGGGACAGAUUAUCCCCACAGCCCGCAGGGUCCUGUAUGCCUGCCAGCUCACUGCUCAGCCACGACUCAUGGAGCCUGUUUACCUGGUGGAGAUACAGUGCCCAGAGCAGGUGGUCGGUGGGAUUUAUGGUGUGCUGAACAGGAAACGUGGUCACGUGUCUGAGGAGUCCCAAGUGAUUGGCACUCCAAUGUUUGUGGUGAAAGCCUACCUCCCUGUCAACGAGUCCUUUGGGUUCACAGCUGACCUGCGCAGCAACACCGGAGGCCAGGCCUUCCCUCAGUGUGUAUUUGAUCACUGGCAGAUCCUCCCAGGAGACCCCAGCGACCCCACCACCAGACCCUCUCAGGUCGUUGCUGAAAUUAGGAAACGUAAAGGUCUGAAAGAGGGCAUUCCAGCCCUUGACAACUACUUGGACAAACUUUAAACACUGACCCUUGGAUUAUAAAAUACCAAAUCAAUCUCCAAACCCUACCCCGUGGGCACUUUAAUAUCUUUGCACAGGCUUAAAGAUACAUUGCACAAUUUGUUUUGACUUUGAGUCCGGAGCAGAAACAAAGCUGAAGCCUUGUUGUUAGCUAGUGGAAACAACAAUGCUUUUUCAUUUCACAGCUACAGUACACCAAGUGCCUAGGGUGAGGGUUUUGGGGAGCAAUUAGAUCAAAGUUUUCCUUGUUUCUUCUAUUCCUCCACAUCUUCUAUUCCUCCACCUCAUCCCCCUCUCCUCCCCUAUAUCUGUCAGGAUGGGCCUGUACAGCACUGUGAUACUGCUGCUGCAAUAAUGCAUAUUUAAAGGGAUCAUGGUCAGAUUAAAACAUGGAAACAAAGUGUUACAGAAGUCAAACCCUGGAUUGGACCUUUGUUCAGUGGAUGUUAUUAAUAAAAACAUUCAACUCAUGAUGAAAA